AUGGUACAAAUCCUGAAAAUCUUAAAAUUACACGAGAUAUACUUCUUAAAAUUAAAUUUGGAAUUCAAAAACAGAAAAAGAAAUAAAAAACAUGAAUUUGCUGAAUUGAUAGGUGAUUAUAUAAAAGAAAUUUCAGAUCCAAAUAAUAGAGAAGAAUAUGAUUAAUAUCUAAAAUAAUAAAAAAUAAAAAACAGAAUUACCAAAAUGUAUGAAAAUGAUUAAUUCUGA